GUGGACCUUCCUCGGUGUUUUUGAUGUGAAUGCCACGUCAAAUCGAAUCGAUUUCACAUCCCGAAUGGUGCAUCCACACACACACAGAAGAUUGCCUGCGGUCCGUCACGGUCCGUCAAAGUUCGCACAACCAUCCGGCACACGGUGUCGCAUUCAUUUCCCGCCCCUUCAAACCCCCCACACCCACACACAGCUCGCCCACCCACGCCAGUGAUCCCGCCUAGCCGGUGUUUCUGGUGUAGAUUUGCUGCGCGUGGUGGUGGUCGCCCACCAUCUUGAUCAAACCCUUGGCCUUCAAGUCACGGAUGGCCGCACGGGCGAGGCUACCUGCGUACACAUGGGCCCACACCCACACCCACACCAUAUGCGUCAUGCGGCGAGUGUGUGUAGUUUUGGCGGUUGGGAGGUUGGGCUGACUGGCGUACCGUUGACUUUGAGUCGUUCAGCGAUGAUGGCUGGCGUGAUGAGUUUGGCCUUGGGGAUCUCCUUCAUGAGCUUGUCGAAGGUCUCCUUGUCAAACAUGACCGCAUUGUUGGCCUUCUCGCGGACCUUGCCCUUCGACCACUUCUGCACUCGCCAACGCACACGCACCACCCAGACACACACACACACACACACCACAUCAGCUGUGUGUCCGUCGUUGCGUGUGUGGUGUGUGGUGUGUGGUUGUGAGCGUGCCUUCUUCUUUUGCCUCCCUCCUGCCGCGGCGGCCUUGGCUUUGGCCUCCUUGGACUUCUGCACCUUGGGAGCCAUCCUCG